AUGGCACCCUCCGAAUUGCAGACCAAAGUCGGCCAGCUUUUUGCCGUUGGCUUUCAUGGCCUCACCCCGAGCCCUGAGAUCAAAACCUUAAUCCAUGAGCAUGCCCUUGGCGGCAUUGUUCUGUUCAAGCGAAACAUCAGCGAUGUGGCCCAACUCCAGUCUCUCACACGCGCCCUCCAAGAGGAAGCCCGACUAGCCGGCCAUGAGCGCCCGCUCUUCAUCGGCAUCGACCAGGAGAACGGGCUAGUAACCCGGAUCUCACCCCCCAUAGCCGCCCAGAUGCCCGGCCCCAUGGCCCUAGGCGCGACGUACUCGCCAGAGUCAGCCUACGACGCGGGCGUCAUCACGGGACAAACGCUGCAGUUCUUUGGGAUCAACAUGAACUACGCCCCCGUCUGCGACGUCAACUCUGAGCCCUUGAACCCAGUCAUCGGGGUGCGCAGCCCCGGCGACGACCCGGAAUUUGUGGGCCGCUUCGCCAGCGCCACUGCGCGGGGUCUGCGCGAGCAGAAGGUAAUCCCGAGCGUUAAGCAUUUUCCAGGACAUGGGGAUACAGCCGUCGACUCGCACUACGGGCUGCCGGUGAUCACGAAAUCGCGCGACGAGCUGGGCCGCUGUGAAUUGGUGCCGUUCCGUCGCGCGGCCGCUGAGGGUGUGGAGUCUGUUAUGACGGCCCAUAUCUCCCUCCCUGCCAUUGGAGAUGGUAGACUUCCAGCGACGUUGUCCCCCGACGUGCUGAACAUCCUGCGCAAGGAUAUGCAGUAUGACGGGAUGAUCAUCACUGAUUGUCUGGAGAUGGACGGCAUCCGUGCGACGUACGGUACGGAGCAAGGCGCCGUCCUCUCGCUCGGAGCAGGCAGCGACAGCAUCAUGAUUUGCCACACCUACAACGUCCAAGUAGCUGCCAUCAAGCAGGUAUGCGAGGCCGUACAAUCAGGCCAGAUCCCGCAAUCGCGCUUAGACGAAGCCUACCGCCGAGUCACAACUCUAAAGGACCAGUUCCUAGACUGGGACACGGCUUUGCGCGUACAACCGCCGUCUGAUCUCGCCGCACUCAACCAAAAAGGCAUCAUACUAGCCAGCGAGAUCUACGCUCGCUCGGUAACCCUCGUCCGGGACACCAAGGGCAUCCUUCCCCUAUCACCCACCGCGCAGAUCGUCUUCCUCUUCCCGGGAGGCACCACGCCCGCCGGCGGAGCCGUCGACGGCGAAGGCCUAGGCCGACCAGGCACGUACAGCGCCUCCCCAUACCUCAACCUCCUAAAUCGGCACGCGCCCAGCGUCGCCGAGGUCCACUACGCGCCGACAGGCCUGUCCACCCAACAAUGGCAAGCCGUGGAAGCAGCCGACGUCGUCGUCUUUGUUUCCAUCAACGCGAGAGAGUCACCCUACCAGCGAUCCCUGGGUCUCGAACUCCCCAAUCGAGCCCGCAAACUAGUCGCCAUCGCCGCGUGCAGCCCGUACGACUUCCUCGACGAUGUUGCUGCCAUAGGUACCUACAUGACAACCUACGAGCCCACCCUCGAAGCCUUCGCCGCCGCAACAGACAUCCUCUUCGGGACGGCUCCCCCCCGCGGGGCUCUCCCCGUCGGCGAGUCAAAACCUACCCCGUCUACCGACAUCCACAUAACCCAAUACAAUCCCAACAGUGACUUCUCGGGCAUCCUCUCCGUCUGGAGCGCAGCUCUCCCAACCUAUACCCCAGAGCCAGACCUCCUAUCCACCCUCCUCCACGCGCACCCCACGCAGCACCACUUCAUCGCCAGAAACAAGAGCACCGACGAAACAACCGGCUUCGCCAUCCUCUACGCCAACCCCAACACCAAAACAGCCCACCUCGCCGUCCUAGCCGUCCGUCCCUCCCACCAAAACCACGGCAUCGCCACAAGACUCCUCGCAGCAGCACGCGCCUCCCUCCCAUCCGGCACCCGCAUAGACCUAGGCAGCGGCAUCCCGCGCUUCUGGCCCGGUAUUCCCACCGAUUUACCUCAGUCAACACAAUCAUUCUUCAUCAACCGUGGUUUUCACCUUAAUCCGCUCAAACCUCGCUCUGUGGAUUUAUAUCAGAGUAUAUCCGGCUUAUCUUCCACGGGGGGGAAGUACCUCGCGGCGGCGAGACAGAAUCAUAUAUCGUUUGCGCCGAUCAAGCAAGAUCAGUACGAGGAGUGUAUGGCGGGACAGAUGAGGAAUUUUUCUCAUAACGCUGACUGGAUAAACCUCUACAAAACCCUCCCCCCAACCACGCACCCAAACAUCAUCCUCUUUGCCAUCCACACCCCUCCCCCAACCACCACAGAACCCCCCAAACAAAUCGCCUGGCUAAUCGCCCUCCCCCCCUCCCAUCCCAUCCUCACCCAAAACUGGGCAUUCCCUGCAUUCUUCACCCGCGCGGGCCAACACGCGGGUCUUAUCGGGUGUGUGGGUGUUGAUAAGGAGUUUAGGGGGAGGGGCGUGGGAUUGGGGUUGGUGGAGUUUGCGGUUGAUUAUUUACGGCAUCAUCCUUAUUCUGGUGGUGGUGGUGAUACUACUGGUGCUGCAAUUGAUGGCAUCUUUGUGGAUUGGGUGGCGAUUGAGGGGUGGUAUGAGAAGGUGGGGUUUGAUGUGUGGAGGUCAUAUCGGACGGGGUAUCUU